AGAUAAGGAUACUAAAUAAUGUCUGACUUAUUUGAUCAACAAUUACGUGACUUGCUGCGAAAAAUAAUUCGUCGAUCGGGACAAAAAGUAUCAUCUGGUGCAAUAAUACGUGAAUUCCAAAAGGAAUCAGUGCAUCCAUCGAUUUUACGUCAAUUUAACGAUCUCAUAAAACACGAUUCACUCGCUUUGAAUCUUUUCGAAACCGACGAUGAGACAAAUUCAACACAUUUGCAAACACAUAAACCGGAGCAAUGGUUGAAAAAUUUUCUUGACAAAUAUUUAUCGAAAUUCACAGAAUACAAAGAGGCUCAACAAGCGCAAAAGAAAAAGACUGUAAAGUCAACAGGAACAGACGAUGAAAUAAAUGAUUCAAAAAUUUCGGACAUUUUGAAAAAAGUGAAAGCAGCGACAAAUGAAUAUCACCAACAACAGCAGCAGCAACAGCAAAACAACAAUGAAUAUAGUAUUUUGAAUCAGUUUUCCAUUACUGAUUCACGACCGCACAGUCUACUUUAUUUUAACAAAAACACACAUGAUAGUUUGCCUAUUGGAUCGAAAGUUAUAAAUUGCGCGGCUCUGCCAAUAUCACGACAAGAACAACUUAUUGUAGAUGAUCUGAUUUAUUGCGUAAUUGGUAUACCUGGUGACUACAUCACGCCACAGUUUACAGCAGACACUGAUUAUGAUUUUACUCCGAUUUCAUUUAAAAUAUCGAGUCAAAUCGAUGUUUCGCUGCAAAACAUUGUACAAGAUAUACUUCCGAUGGCCAGCCAUUUUUCAGUAGUUCAGAAAUUCACACAAUGGAGCUCAAAGGCAAACAAUCAAAUUUUGCAGGCACUUAGCGAAAUAUUGCAAAACAUUUUGAAUGAUUAUCGUGUAUCCAUUACGCAAUUGGAAAAGGAGCAUUCGAAAAAUGUUUUGAAUUUACACAAACUAUUAUAUUUGGUGCGUCCCAAUAUGCAAACAUUGCACAUUUUAGCCGAAUUAGUGGAAAAAAUCAUCAAAUCUGAUUUACAAGGCGGUUCAAUCUUAUCGCUAUUAUUUGAUGAAAUAACACUACAAACUGGUGACCAAAUGUCGCAAAAGAUGUUGAUUGAGCUCACUGAACGAGCAUCGUUGCCAUAUAUAGAAAUGCUCGAACGUUGGAUUCUUAAAGGUGUCAUUAUUGAUCCGUACCACCAGUUUUUCGUUACCGACAAUGGACAUGAAUUGGGCAAUCAAGAUCAAAUUCUUCACAUGGUAGAUUAUGACACGGCUCGUUACUGGGAAUGCCAGUAUACCAUUCGUUCUGAUCGUAUUCCUCGUUUUCUUGAGAAUGAUGCCGAUAUUAUUCUUCGAACUGGAAAAUAUUUGAAUGUCAUUCGUCAGUGUGGUAAACAAAUUUCGCCGCCAACAGGUUCAUCAAAAUUGGAGUUUUCCGCUAUGAAUCAUAAACAUUCAACUUUCAUAAAACAAGCCUAUCAUAAUGCAUCGAAAACAUUGCUCGAGCUAUUUUUGGAUGAAAACAAUUUGAUGGGACACAUAUCGUCGGUGAAACGUUACUUCCUGUUACAACAAGGUGAUCUCAUCACACAAUUUAUGGAUGCCAGCGAAGAAGAGCUUAGCAAAAAUGUGGAUAGUGUUCGACCAGUUCGUCUUGAUAAUUUACUUCAAUUAAUUGUACGGUUAUCGUCUGCCAAAAAU